CUCGACCGACCUGCGACUCUCCCUCAACAUUUUUAUCGACUCCCUCCGCCAACUUGUUCUCUCCACUAGGGCCUGCAUACCCGGUAUAUUUUUAUUCACUUGUCUCGAGUCAAAUUACUCGUACUUUUUCCUGGUCGGUCGGACCUUCAAUCGGUCUACUACCUUCCAUCAUGGCUGCCGGAAAGGCUGCCGCCGACUUCAAUGCGAUCAUCCAAGCUGAUCGCAAAAGAAAGCAGAACGAAAACCUUGCAAACCAGCUACUCGGUAAGAACCGACAAACAAAUGGGGGCGCCGCAAAGGGCGCAAAGAAGACACAGGAUGCGAAGCCAGGAAGCCUCGCCAGUCGCAUCGGUGUAGCCAAGCGCCCGACGUCUUCGCCCGCGAAUCCUAGAACAAACCCCAAGCCUGUCAUUCAUCAGGCCCGCCCCAAGGCGCGUCAGACCGAUCGACCUGGCGCAAAGCAGCGCCGGCCCGACGAGCAACGCCUGCUUUCUGCACUCCUUCCAGACAGCGGACAAGCAACCGUACGAGGCAGUAAGGUGGGGAUGACCAUCAAGGGCGCUGGCUCAGGACCCUCCGUGGUAGUCGGGAGCAACUUUGCACCGGGGACCACCGCAGCCGACAUUCAAGCGGCUCUUGAGCCCGUGGCCGGCCCAGUCCUCAGCUGCUGGGUGAUAACGCAGCACCCCGCAGUGUCGGCAGAGAUCACCUUUGCCGAGAGACAGGGCGCGGACAGCGCGAUUGCCAACUUUCACAACCAGAGGGCUGAUGGCCGGAUCAUCUCGAUGCGCCUGAAACCCCUUAGCCUGGGGGCCGAUAACGGUGCCACCAACUAUCAGAACCCACAGAGCCCCUUCAACAACCUCCGGGAGCAAGCGGAUCGAGAUCGCCGCUCGCACCGCCCCGGUGAGACGACGAUUCAAGACGGAAACUACGGGUUCACCGAGCAGAACCAAGCGGUCGAACCACACAGACCGCGGGGCAACAACCGCAGAUGGAAUAAUAGGGGCUAUCGUAACGGGCCCCGAAACGGCGGAGCCUCGAACCAGGACACGCAAGAGACAGGUCUCUACAGUGACCAGAUGAUGACGCAGACUCUCGUCCUGUCCACACGAAGAUGUCAAUCCUCAUUCGACAACAAACGCCAAUGGUCGACCCCUCUUGCCCAGACCCUGGCUAACGCCAUGAAGGUCACGGGCCCCAUCCCCAUCGCGGCGUUCAUGCGCCAAGUCCUUACCUCCCCGGAAGGAGGAUACUACACUACCCGGCCCGCGGGUGAGGGCGAGGUCUUCGGAAAGAAAGGCGACUUCGUGACCUCGCCGGAAAUCUCGCAGGUGUUCGGUGAGCUGGUCGGGAUCUGGACGAUUACCGAGUGGAUCGCGCAGGGACGGACAAGAAGUGGGGUGCAGCUCAUGGAGGUCGGGCCGGGGAAGGGGACGUUGAUGGAUGAUAUGCUGAGGACAUUCCGCAAUUUCAGAAGCUUUGCGUCGAGCAUCGAGGCGAUAUAUCUGGUCGAGGCGAGUUCGACGUUGAGAGAGGUCCAGAAGCGGCUGCUCUGCGGCGAGGACGCGGCGAUGGAGGAAACGGAUAUUGGCCACCGGAGUGUGUGCAAGUAUUUUGACGUGCCGGUUAUCUGGGUGGAGGAUAUUCGGUUGCUGCCGCAUGAGGAGGAUAAAACGCCCUUCAUAUUCGCACACGAGUUCUUCGACGCUUUACCCAUCCAUGCCUUUGAGUCCGUGCCCCCGGCACCGGAGAACGAGCCGAAGGACGAGGUCAUGACGCCCACGGGACCUGCGAAGCUCCGGAAACCAUUGAAGGCCGCGAAUGUGCCGCAAUGGCGAGAGCUGCUGGUGACGCUCAACCCUAAGGCUGUGGAGGAGAACAUCGAGGGAGAACCGGAGUUCAAGCUGACGCUGGCCAAGGCGUCCACGCCAUCGUCCUUGGUCAUUCCUGAAAUUUCGGAACGGUAUCGCGCUCUGAAGUCUCAGCCGGGCUCCACGAUUGAGGUCAGUCCGGAGAGUCGGAUCUAUGCGUCUGACUUUGCAAGGCGGAUCGGCGGGGCGUCAGAACCGCCUCGUACGGCCACGAAGAAGGGUGCUACUACUGCUACUGGUGGGGAAACGCCGGCUGCGGCGAAGCGUGUGCCUUCCGGUGCAGCGCUGAUCAUGGACUAUGGGACUCUCGCUACGGUGCCCAUCAACUCGCUUCGUGGAAUCCAGCACCAUCAAACUGUGCCGGCACUUUCGGCGCCGGGACAGGUGGAUGUUAGUGCCGACGUGGACUUUACUGCGUUGGCUGAGGCGGCCAUCGAGGCCAGCGAAGGCGUUGAGGUUCAUGGACCGGUGGAGCAGGGUGAUUUCCUGCAUGCCAUGGGGAUCGCGGAGCGGAUGCAGCAGCUGCUCAAGGGCGUGACGGAUGAGUCAAAGCGGAAGACGUUAGAGACUGGCUGGAAGAGACUGGUUGAGAAAGGCGGCGGUGGGAUGGGCAAGAUCUACAAGGUCAUGGCCAUCGUUCCGGAAAAUAAUGGUAAGCGUCGUCCAGUUGGGUUCGGGGGAAAUAUCAUGGCAUGAGCCAUUGUAUACUAG